AUGUUCGAAGCAUAUACACCCACGGAGAUAGCUACCAGAUUGGAGAAGUCAGUUGAUGUGUCAUCACUGGCUGCUCAUGGUCACGCUGCCAAAGUUUAUGUUGGAAGUAAGGCUGGUUAUUUGUUGGCACUAAAUGGAAUCCGUGGAGGUAAGCGUGGAUACGACCUUUUGAUGUGCCGAUCAUUCGAAAAAAAGUCAGUAAAUGAAUUGUGUUGUAUUGAAAGACAUGAUAUACUGCUAUGUUUAACUGAUUCGCAACUUGCUGCACAUGACCUUUCUGAUCCAUUUGCCUUGAAAGCACUUAUUUCCGAUGUUAGGCCCAUAUCUGCUUUCUGCGCUACUGUAUCAGAGGUCGAUGGAUUAUUAUAUGUAGCCAUAAGUGCAAGGAAGAAAAUAUUUCUUUACAAGUGGCUUGUUGAUGAAUUUACGAAGAUGAAUUUUGAAAUGUCAAUGACCUUUUUUCCUGAUUAUGUGAACUAUAUGAUUUGGUGUGGUCCCAUUGUAUCGGUGGCUGUACAAAACGAAUAUUACUAUAUGACCGUCUUUCCAAUCAAAGAAGAUGCAGUGAAUGUGAAAAAAUUAUUUGAUAUCGGUUCGAAAACAGAAAAUCCAGUGAUUGUUGGGUUGCCUGAUUAUAAACAAAUUGCAUAUUGUCGUGAUAAUUUCUUGUUUUUUCAAGAAUAUUAUGGAACUGUGAAUCCGAUAUCAGAAGUGAAAUUCUCGGAAGCUCCUCUUAAUAUUGUGUACGAUGCCCCAUAUUUGUUGGCACUCUUAGGAAAAGGCAAAAUUGAAAUACGAUCAGUAAGACCAGCGACACACAUACAAAUUAUACAGCUUAAUAAUGCGAUGUACAUAUCCACUGGUUUAAAGGGGACGGUUUAUGUAGGAAGUAGCAGCGAUGUAUGGAUUUUAGAUUCUCGACCGCAGAUGAAAAGUAAUGUGGAGCAGUUGGUUAGCGAAAAACAGUUCGAAUUAGCUGUUCAAUUAGCGGAGAAAUGUGAUGAAAUAGGUGAUAAAGGCGUUAUGGAAAUCAAACGUAAAGCAGCUUUCAACUUAUUUUGUCAACGACGAUUCGACGAAUGGUUGGAAAUUCAUGCCGAGAUCAAAACCGAUGUCAUGACUGUGAUAGCUCAUUUUCCACGGCUGUUGGAUUCCAGUUAUCAAGAAUCAUUGAAAUCUUUGCUUGACGGGCAGCCACCGGAUUUUCCUGAAAACGAAUUUAGAAACGGGUUGCAGUCAUUGGCUCCAUAUCUUGCUUCUGUACGUAUGGAACAUGCUAAGGCUGUUAUUGAGCUCAAAAAACUUUGUCAGCUACAUAUGCAAGAUAUUGAUGCCUUGGAACGGCUGAAAAGUCAUGAAAAUGUUCUGCAAGUGGUCGAUACCACAUUACUGAAGUGUUACCUCCAGACCAAUGAAAGUUUGGUGGCUCUGUUGCUACGUCUUCCAGACAAUAUGUGCAUUGUAGCCGAUUCGGAAAAAGUGUUACUGGAACACGAAAAAUAUAACGAACUGUAUAUAUUAUACGAAAGAAAAGGUUUGCAUCGUAAAGCAUUAACUCUGCUGAUGGAACAAGCUCAUAUGGAGGGAAGUCCAUUGCGAGGCUAUAAUAUGACCAUCGAGUAUCUGCAGAAACUGGGAAACGAGCAUUUAGACCUAAUAAUCGAGUUUGCUGCUUGGGUGCUUCAAGAGAACUUCACUGCUGGUCUUUCGAUUUUCACUUACGAUAGUGCGGAAACUCGUUCAUUGGAUCGAGAACGAGUCUUAACAUUUUUAACGCAUGAAUGUACUGCUGCGGCAGUCCCAUACUUAGAGCAUAUUAUCUAUAAAUGGAACGAAGACAUGCCUAAAUUUCACGAAUUGUUGGGCCAACAUUACAUUUCGAAAGUGAAACAGUUACAACGGGACUAUAUCAGUAUUCUUAGAGAAGAUGAGCAUAUCGCGCCAGCUGGUGAAGAAGAAGGCGAACUUGGUGAAUAUAGGUGCAAACUUCAACAUUUUUUGCAAACAUCUACUGCUUAUAGUCCAGAAAAGCUGCUAGUUCAAUUGCGCCAUAAUUCGCUAUAUGAAGAAAGAGCACUAUUAUUGGGGCGACUGAAAAAACAUCAACAAGCAUUAGCUAUUUACACACAAAUUUUGAAGAAUUACAAAGCAGCUGAGAAAUACUGCGUAGAUUGUUAUGAACCGAACGAUCCACAACAUUCUAAGGUAUUUUUAAUUUUGCUUCAAAUGUACACAAAUCCACCGGAUAUAUCUAUUGUUGGAUUAAUGCAGAGUGACCAUUACCAAGCUAUACCGAAUCCAAAUGAAGCAGUUCGGACCCUGAAACAGCACAGUGAUAUGUUUGAUCCAGUAGAAGCAGUAACUUCAUUACCUCUCGAUUAUACAUUAAAAUGUGUAUGGCCUGGUCUCGUUACUAUUUUGCAAGCGGCGCAUGACAAAAAACAUACAACUAUGAUUCAUAAAUCAGUAUGUGAUGCAGCAUUGAAACGAGCAUUACGACGAAAAGCCGUAUCACAUUCUACGAAAUUUGUUGUCGGCCAUGAAAUAGAAUGUGCUUCAUGUGGAAAAAAAAUUGCCAACAGUGCUUUCGCUCGGUAUCCAAAUGGUCGUUUGGAACAUUUCUAUUGUUAUCAAAGGAAGGGGAAAAAAUAA